UAUUCACUGAAUAUCAGUAUUGUGUGGUUUUGCAUAUUUUAUUUACUAAAUAUUUUACUUUAUUACUUUUCUAUUUGUUAUCUAAAUAAGCAUUUUACUAAUAUUUUUUUUAUUUCAGUCAACUUAAUCACCUUCUCAGGAGGAGGCAGUUGGUCCUGGACAUCACCCAUGAUACCAAAACUGAGCAGUACCGACCCUGAAAUCAACCCUCUUCCAAAACCCACCACUACUUUCGAAGAAUCCUGGAUAGCAGCUUUGAUGAACCUGGGCGCAGUUAUAGGUCCAUUUGCGGGAGGAGCUUGCGCAGGAAAAUUCGGCAAAAAGAAAGCUUUACUGAUCAUGGCUUUACCGAUGAUGGCAUCCCAUAUUCUUUGUACCAUCGCUCUCAAUGUUUAUUUCUUUCUGGCAGCUAGAUUCCUUAUGGGCUUAGGUGUGGGUACGAUUUUUGCUGUUGUACCAGCCUAUGUAGGUGAUAUAGCCGAAGAUAGAAAUCGUGGUACUUUAUGUAGUGUCUUGGGAGUCUGUAAUUCUUUAGGAAUAUUGUUAAUGUAUAUAGUAGGUCCUUUUUUGUCAGUCCGUUUAUUUAACUUCUUAAACAUCAUUCCCUUGGCAUUGUUUUACAUCAUCUUCGGUUAUUUUAUGCCUGACAGUCCAUAUGAUGCCGUUAAGAAAGGAAACCGUACUUAUGCCGAAGAAAUCUUAAUGAAACUACGAGGCAAGUCUUCAGGAGAUGUUGAGAAAGAACUCCUUUACAUUACUGAAAUUAUAGAAGCAAACUCUAAUUCAGUAGAUAAUGGAUUGUCGGCGAUUCUUAAAAGCAAGAGUCUUACCAAAGGAUUGAUAAUAAGCAACGGUUUAAUGCUGUUUCAGCAACUGUCAGGAAUUUGUGCAGUUCUGGGAUAUAUGCAGAGUAUCUUUGAGGUAUCUGGUAGUUCUAUCCCGCCCAUAUAUUCAGCAAUGAUAAUUGGAACUGUUCAACUUAUUUCAAACUCAGCAAGUGCCCAACUAGUCGAUGUUGCUGGUAGAAAAAUGCUUUUGAUCAUCUCCCAUGUAUUUUCUGGUAUAUCUCUGGUUGCUCUUGGGGCGUAUUUCUUUUUAAAACAGUUAGAUCAAAACGUGGAUUUUCUCGGAUGGCUUCCAAUAACUAGCCUAGUCAUUUUUAUCAUCUCUUAUAAUUUAGGAUUAGCAAACAUGCCCUGGGUAGUUCUAUCCGAGCUAUUUCCAUCAAAUGUAAAAGCUAUAGCUUCAGUCAUAACUUCUUUUUCAUGUUUCUUUUUAUCUUUUGUAAUUACGAUGUGUUUCCCGUUUUUAAGUGCAUCACUGGGUAUGGCUGGUUCGUUUUGGGUAUUUGCUAUUUUCCUAACAUGUGGCUUUGUAUUUUGUAUUACACUGUUACCAGAAACUAAAGGAAAGAGUGUUCUGGAAAUUAAAAAUAUUCUGGAUGGAGUUAAAAAAUAAUAUAUCAUGGAAAAAUUUAAAAUGGUUUUUCAAGAGAGAUUUAAGAAAUGACAUAC